AGUAAAGUUACCAUCAUCGCUGGGUUUCUUGGUAGUGGCAAGACUACGAUGAUAGAGAGAAUUAUUAAGUUACCGACGUUAGAGAAGAAAAUAGCCAUUAUUCAGAAUGAGUUCUCAGAGAAUAUGGGAAUUGAGGCUCCAUUGAUGACUAAUGCUCAAGGUGAGGUCCUUGAUGAGUUCUACGAGAUGCCGAAUGGUUGUAUCUGAUGUAGUGUCAAAGAUGACUUAGUCAACACUCUGGAACUUUUGAUAGAAAGCAAGCCUGAAAUUGAACACAUCUUCAUUGAGACCAAUGGUUUGGCUGAUCCUGCCAAUAUAAUCAAAAUUUUCUGGCUUGAUGAUGGCCUCAUGAGUAAUCUGGAAUUAAACUACACAAUGGGGGUAAUUGAUGCUAAAAAUUUUGCUAAAAACAUUGAAGAUUCAGAAACUUGUGAAGCCUUGAAAAAGCAAUUAAUACACGCUGAUAAGAUCUUGAUCAACAAAGUAGAUCUAGCUACCACCGAAGAGAUUGAGAACAUCAUUAGCAGGAUCAAUUCUUUCAAUCCUUUAGUUGAACUUAAGCAGACAGAGUAUGCUAAUGCUGAUUUGGAUUAUCUAAUUGAGACGCCUGAAAAGAUAAAGAACUUUACUGAAAGAUAUUCAGAAUCGGUUGGAAAGGCAGAGAAAUCAGAGGGAGAAUUAAAGAUACAUUCUCAUACAGCUCAUAGUGCUGAGAUUUCACCUUCCUAUAUUAUUACAGAAGGAAUCUUAAAUCUGGACAACUUUGAAGUUCUUAUGGGAAAGCUUCAUUGGGAGUCUGAAGUCCCUCUUCUCAGAUGUAAGGGCUUAUUCCAUGCACGCGACUGUGAUGAAAAACUUGGCCAAUAUCUGCUACAAGGAGUUGACGAUACAUUCGAGUGAAGAUUAAUCAAACCUUUGCUAGAAGACCACACUGAUUUUGAGAACAAGUUCUUAUUUGUCGGAAAAGAUAUUGAUGCUCAAGGGCUUAAAGAGAAAAUUAACUCGUGUUGUUAAAAUUCAAUUUGAAGA